UCGGGGUGACGACGAUGAUGAGGGGGAUGAGGAUGAGGAUGACGAUGAUGAUGGCGGUCGUGGCAGCGGCACCGUCUCAAAAAGUCCAAGCGGGCCCUCUGAUUGGUUGCCGGGGCUGCGGGCUGAGCCCACUGGCUUUUAGUGCGGAGAGGAGAAGGCCGCGAGAGCCUAUGGGAGCGCGCGGCUGUCUCCUCCCACGACGCGUGCACCAAACUUGCCCCCCUUCAACUACUUCCACGCAGCCAGCGCGCAUUCCACUCACGCCAAAUGUACCAAGGGGACAAGAGUGCCUGCUUUUGCCAACUCCCGCUUGCCUACUCGACUCAUUCUUGUUUAAAUACACUCUUGCUGUCACUUUUAAUUAUUACUCCCCUCUCGUCUCUUUUGUGAACCUCGUCCAGUUUGCCCAUCUGGAAUUGGAAUUUCGCUGCAUAUUUUUCGCCAUCUAAACAAACAAACAAACAAAAAAAAAUACAUUAAAAAAAUAACAAUAACACUAAGACACUCCUUGCAUUUUGGACUUUGAGAGAGCAUCUUUGAUUCCUUCUUUUCGAUUUUGUUUUGUGUGGUGGCGGCGGUGCUGACCCAGUAGCUGCAGGAUGGCUACUUUACCCGGAACAGUGCCUCGGAUGGUGCGACCCACGCCGGGGCAGAACUACCCACGAACCGGCUUCCCCUUGGAAGUGUCCACCCCGCUGGGCCAGGGCCGUGUCAACCAGCUGGGCGGCGUGUUCAUCAACGGGAGGCCACUGCCCAACCACAUCCGGCACAAGAUCGUGGAGAUGGCCCACCACGGCAUCCGGCCCUGCGUCAUCUCGCGACAACUGCGCGUCUCGCACGGCUGCGUGUCCAAGAUCCUCUGCCGCUACCAGGAGACCGGCUCCAUUCGCCCGGGGGCCAUCGGGGGCAGCAAGCCCAGGCAGGUGGCCACUCCCGACGUGGAGAAGAGGAUCGAGGAGUACAAGCGAGAGAACCCGGGCAUGUUCAGCUGGGAGAUCCGGGAUAAGCUGCUGAAGGACGGGGUGUGCGACAGAAGCACAGUUCCUUCAGGUGAGGCUUCAUCUGUGAGCUCCAUCAGCCGCGUUUUGAGGGCCCGAUUUGGCAAAAAAGAUGACGAGGAUGACUGUGAUAAGAAGGAUGAAGACGGAGAAAAGAAAACAAAGCAUAGCAUCGAUGGCAUCCUCGGUGAUAAAUGUAGUCGCACAGACGACGGCUCCGACGUGGAUUCUGAACCCGACUUGCCGCUGAAGCGCAAGCAGAGGCGCAGUCGCACCACUUUCACCGCAGAGCAGCUGGAGGAGCUGGAGAAGGCCUUUGAGAGGACGCAUUACCCUGACAUCUACACCCGGGAGGAGCUGGCCCAGAGGACCAAACUGACAGAGGCCAGGGUGCAGGUGUGGUUCAGCAACAGACGGGCCAGAUGGCGCAAACAAGCCGGGGCCAAUCAGCUCGCCGCAUUCAACCACCUGCUUCCCGGCGGAUUCCCGCCCACCGGCAUGCCCACUUUACCCACGUACCAACUUCCGGAGUCAAGCUACCCUGGCACCACACUAUCGCAGGAGGGCAGCACCUUGCACAGACCUCAGCCCCUGCCCCCGUCCUCCAUGCACCAGGGGGGCCUGAGCGACAGCAGCUCGGCGUACGGCCUGUCGUCCAACCGCCACAGCUUCUCCAGCUACUCCGACUCCUUCAUGAGCCCCUCGGCUUCCGGCAACCACAUGAACGCGGUCGGCAACGGGCUCUCCCCGCAGGUGAUGAGCAUCCUGAGCAACGGCAGCGCGGUGGCCUCGCAGCCGCAGCACGACUUCUCCAUCUCGCCGCUGCACGGCGGCCUGGACGCCUCCAACCCCAUCUCGGCCAGCUGUAGCCAGCGCUCGGACCCAAUCAAGGGCGUGGACAGCCUGGCCUCCUCGCAGUCCUACUGCCCCCCGACCUACAGCGCCACCAGCUACAGCGUGGACCCCGUCGCCGCCGGCUACCAGUACAGCCAGUAUGGCCAGACCGCCGUGGACUACCUCGCUAAGAACGUGAGUCUGUCCACCCAGAGGAGGAUGAAGUUGGGCGACCACUCAGCCGUGCUGGGACUGCUGCAGGUGGAGACGGGUCAGGCCUACUGAAGCCGCCGCGGGACCCCCGGGCACCCCGCGCCGCUGGACCAAACGCUUUGGAGCCACUUUGACUUUGGUGUUGAUAGUAGUUAACGAUAUCAUUUCAACUACUUUCUCUCUUUUUUUCCAGAUUGUUAAUAUUAUUGUUGCUGUAUGAUUGUUGUUAAUAUGUUGUUGUUUAAGUCCAUGAGGAGGAGAAUUAUUAUUUUUUGUUCCCCCUCAAGCCUCUUCUUCUCUCAGAGCUCCAUUUUUUUUAUUUUUGUGUAUGUGGGGGUGCAGAAAAGCAAUUUGACCUUCCCGCUCUCAAUCCAUCUUGACAUUCCAAAAGCACUUGGCCACUCUGUGGGAAGUCUGGCUGGAGGGAAUCUGGAGGGAAUUUUAAGCAGUAUUUUGGCGGCCAAUAGAAGCCCCCCCGAAACCCACGUCCCCCCCACCCCACCCCCCGCCCCCAUAACCUCCAUCCCAUCCUUAACCACGGUCCAUUGUGAAGGGGGGCUUUGUUUGGGGGAAACGGAUUGGGAAACUAAUGUAUUUUGUUUGGAAAUAUGGAAGCCAGACUACAUUAGGCCAAAUCCCGUCUGCCAGCGUGCAAAGCAGAUGACAUCACAAAAAUAUAAAAAAAAUUAAUGCACCUUCACUUAGCUCCACACAAAACAAACAUUCCUUCCAAUACAUUCCAAAAUAUAUAUAUAUAAGCAUUCCAUUAAUUUAGAAAAAAAUAAAAUCAAAAGAUUUUAUUUAGAGAAUAAAAAAGUCAAUGUUUUAAAAAAGUUGGAAUACUAGAAAAAAUAAUUCGUUUUACAAAAUGAAAUUAUAAUUUUAUGAGAAAAAAAUAACCAUAAGAAUUAAGAAACCUACAGUUUCUUAUUCAAUCCAACUUGAUCCUCAUUAAGAAAGUUUUGAGAAAAAAUAUUUUAGAAAAGUAAAAAACUAAAUCUUGAUUGUUGAAUUAAAAAAGUUCUAAUUCACAAUAAAAAAGGUUGAAGGAAUUUUUGGGAUAAUGAAGUUGUAAUAUGAAAAACUCAACAUGAACAAGAAAAAAUGUAAUUUAACAAAAGUAAAAUUGCAAUAUUUUGAGGAAGAAUUUGAGUAUUAUGACAAUAAUGAUGUCCUUUCACACAAAAAGUCAAAUUUUUUGGGGUUGGGGGAUCAAUAGUACAAUAUCUUAGAAUGACAAUUCUGCUCCUUUUAUUGUAGAAUGUUUAUACUUCCAGAUGUACAAAUGAAAUUUCUUCAUCUGAUAUGAUCAGGACCACCAGUUUUCCCCUCGCGUGUCAUUUUCUUUCUUUGUUGGGGUUAAACCUCUUUCAAAUGUGUACAGUCUCUGUUUGUUUCUAAAAAGUAUGUUUUAUACUAAAACAAAAGUUUACCUUCCGCCAAGACCCUCUGUUGGCUUUCUGUUGGUUUUGUUGGACUUUGUAUUUAAUUGCGUUUGAAUCCCGCUUAGGGAUGGAGAAUGUGUAAACACUUGAAUGAAUUCCCCUGGAGGUGAGGUCCAAAAGGAAAGGACCAAAAAGUGCUCUACGUGGACCCCGACGGGGGCUCUCGGAUCAGACGGAUCUUUUUCACGUGAGGCCCAGACAAGACUGGACCGUAUUCAUGUUUACACGCACUCCACUGGACAACAAACCCUGAGUGGCGUCGGGCUCGUGCGCACCGAAUCACCUGCUUCUCCUGUGAACUUGUGAAUACUUUGAAGAAAAAGAAAAAUGACAAGAAAAAAAAAAGGAAUUAGAGUCGUCUUUAGUGUAUCAAAUGCAUUUCUAACCCUCAAUAAACAUUUGGAUAUUUAAAGCGUCUUAUUCCCCGCCAAUGAGCUGACUUAACCGAUUUAGUUGCUUUCGAAGGCCCUCCUCUUUCUGUUCGGCAUGUGUGUGCGUGUGCGUGUGUGUGUAUAUAUUAUCAUGGUAUAAUUUAUUCUGCUCUAUGAAUAUUAGACUAGUGGGAAAACUUGUAUUGGUAUUUACUACCUUCAGCCUGUGGGUCUGUUUACUGUAAC